GCCCCGCUGCCCCAGCCCCUUCCGCUCCCCUCCAGUCUGCGCUCCGCUCUGCUCUCCCAGUCCCGGCCCUGGAAGGCGCCGGGCUUGGCUUUUUCCCCUUCGUGGCACAGCCAGGAACUAGCAGCCGAUGCCACAGCCAUCCCUGCCGGACCUGCUUCCCUCCUGCGACCCGGAGGGAGGCCGCGGCUGGACCCCACCCGGGCCCAGGGCUGACUGCGGAGCAGGGAGCGGAGCCUGGCCCGGGGGCCUGGGAAAGAGAGGGGAUCAGCGGAGGGCUCGCUGGUCCAAGGAUGGAGGGGAUGGAGGAGCCAGAGGCCAGACCUGCCAGUGGGGGCCUUCAAGAGUCCAACAUAGGGAGCAGAAUAACCAGCUCCAUGGAAGUGACCUCAGCUAUGGCGAGAAGUGGCACUGAGCCACAGCCCAAUAAUGGACACCUCCCAAGACCCUGGUUCUGCCCUCAGGAAGACAGAACACCCAGCCAGAUGGUCCCCCACCCUCCCAGGGCAUGGGGGAUACAGUCCCAAGGACCCUCCGUGCUGGAGUCCAAGGUCAGGGCCUUGAAGGAAAGUAUGACAGCAGGCAAACAGGGGGCAAGCCCCUGCCUCACGACCCAUGAGAGACCGUCCCCCAAGAAACCCAAAUGCCGACGAGUCAAAGUGGGUGGAGCCAGAACUCCAUCAUCAGGGUCUCCCUUGCUGGAUACGGUUGUGGUUCUCCAUGCUCAGAACCCAAACGAGGGACCGCUGGACAACAGUGUCAAUGAGAAGGAGCCCGCCAUGAAUGGGGGCCCCAGACCUCCCAGGCCGCCCGCCCCUGGGCUAGAGUGCUGCAGUGGGAGGAGCCUGUGGGCUCCAGAAACAGUAAGGAUACUGCCUGACCAUGAGAGGAGUCUGCUGCCGGGGUCCAGCUCUUUGCAAGACAGCCCCCUCCACAGAGUCACUUCAGGACAAUCUAGGGGCCCUAGACCUUGUAACAAAAUUACCCACGUGCCCAACCUGAGGAAAGGAAGGUCAUGCCCCCUGCAGGAUGCUCUAGUUGCAGGCGAAGACCUGGAUAGCUUGUCUCUAACCUCCGAGGAGGACUUUGUCCCCAGGCCGGCCCUGCUGGGGGGCCUCUGGAGAGCCGGAGACCUGGGGGCUCUGGGCACGGGGCGCAGCGCCUUGCCCCUGUCUGAACAGGUGGAGAGGAACCGCCUUCUUCUGCAGGAGAUGCUCAUUGUUGGGGGGCAGGGCCCCCCCAAGGUGGGAAUCCCUGCCCGGACUCUGUCCUGGGACAGAGCUGUAUCAGAGCAACCAUCUGGGGACAUGGACUGGGACUCAGGCAUCUCCCUGCAGGACUCAGACCAGAACAGGACCUUUGGCCCCAAGCCGGAGCCUGUGCUGAGGAGCCCCAAGCAUGAGGAAGCCAGGCACCUGCUGCAGCGAGCCCGCAUGAAGGCCAGGACCCGGCCCCUCCGUGCCAGCCAUGAUAUCAUGCCCUCCAUUGACCAGGGUGGCCGGGAUGGCAGGAGAAACCCAGCCCUGGACCGGAGGAUGCCCUUUGCCUGCAGAGACAACCGCCACAACGGGAGCACGAGCGACUCCUCCAGCGGGGAGUCCAGCAGCGGGCAGUGGCCGAAGCGGGGCCCCUCCCCGUCCCACGUCCGCUUUGAGGAUGAGUCUGCCCGGGAGGCCGAGUCCCGCUACCUGGAGCGGCUGCAGCAGCGCCAGCGCCAGCUGCUGGUCGCCGGGGGCCUCCUGCGCAGGGACGCAAGCGAACGGACUCCGCACAGGCUUGUGGGCCACCUGGACCGGAGAGCCUUCCCGGAGCGGCCGCCCACACGGGGCAUCGAGAGGACCUGCCGAGCCUGCGGCAGUUGCAUCGAGGACCUACGCCCUGCCCUUGGGAAGGCAGCCCGGGACCCCAAGGUCCUCCAGGAGCACGGGGCUGCCUGUGGGCUGGAGGGAGUGUUGGCAGAGCCCCUUAGCUCUUGGGGCUUGAGCGCCCCCUUCAGGCUGCUCCCCGCCGAGCAAGGGCCCCGCACCGAACGGAUCCGGGAGACACAUAUGGGAGACUCUAUGCGCCCGGAGGAGGUGGACUCCGCCCUGGACAGCACGGACACCUCCGACAGCUGCAGGACCGACAGCGAAGAGGCCGGGACCUCUCAGCCCCCCAGAGCCCGCGGCCCCCGACUGCGGGGCUCCAGGCCUCGUGGAGGCCACAGGUGGUGCCGGAAGGCUGAAAGGGAGCCACCUGAGAGCCCUCCGGCCUCGCACGACCUGCCUGGGGUUGAUCUCCUGGAGGUUUCAGAUGCAGUGAAAGAAGGCAGAGGACACACACCUGAGGGGACUCUGUUCCCCAGAGAAAACCCUUACUCCAAGCCUCCUGGGCAGGAACCUGAGGGGGCCCCCCUGGGGCCCCAGGAGGAGUUGCGACCAGGAAACCACUGGGCUCCCUCUGUGGAUUCCUCGGCUCUGUGCCGGAAGGCCUGUGCCCCGGCCUCCUCCGUGAAGCUGGCACCCUUGGGGCCAGGCAGACAAGACCAGGUUAUAGAAAGCCACCAAUCUCUGGAAACCAUCCCCCUGCAACAGAGCCAUGCAGAGCCCUCUGCCCCACACCAGGCCCAGCAGCCAACGGCUUCCCUUUCCUCGGAAGGCUGGGUGCCAGCUCCUCCUCCUUCCAGGAAAACCACUUCACCUGGGCCUCACAGGAAGGCACCCCGCAGGCCCGGUGACCGGGGAGAAUCUGCUGGCACCCCCCGGCCUCCUUCAGGAAGUGUAGUUCCCAGGACCUGUGAGCUCAGCCCCCCACAGACACAGCCCCGCAGCCACCACGGCGGGCACCCACUGCUGGGCCUCCCCACCAACAGCUGCAACAACAGUGUGCCUGGGUCCUCGGGGGACGCCGUCCUCCAGGGCAGGGUGGAGAAGGGCACCAGCAGCCAGGAGCCCGAGGCACCCCUGGAGAACUGCAGAGGUGGUGUUGGCACCGUCAGCUCCAUGGGUGUCACCUUCUCCCUGGCCUUAGAGGAGCCAGAGUCCAGCCAGGAACCAGAGGAAGGCCUGCAGAGGACAGAGUCAAGUUCUGAAGGGCUUGUGUCAUCCCAAGACCUACCAGGGGUCAGUGCAGGACCUGGCCCGCCCUCAGCUGCCCCUUCUGACAGGAACAAGAAAGCCAGCAGCAGCAUCACCACCCUGGGGCUGAAAAAGUUCUUCUUGGCCUUGGGCCAGGGCACACGGCCCAAGUUGGGCAAGUCCCGCAGCUGCAGUGUGGAGCAGCUGCAGCCCCCUGCACCUGGUCCGGCUUCACACUCCAGCACCCCCAAAGUGAAGAGAGCCCCAUCGUUACAAUCCCUGCAUCGGGUGUCACCCUCUCACCAACAUCGGAAAGCUGCCUCCUUUCAGAACCUCUAUUCUCUGCUGAGUGGCAAGGUGGACCGGUCCAGCCUGUACCUGGUAGGGGAGCCAGGGGACCACAGUGAACCUGGCAGGUUAGCCAAGGCCCCGCCCCGGCGUGCGCUCAGCGUGGAGGAUGUGGGUGCCCCCAGCCUGGCCCGCACAGUGGGCCACGUGGUGGAGGUGUUCCCAGACGGCACCAGCCAGCUGCAGCUGCAACGCUCCCCAGAGGGCACUUUUGGCUUCUGUGUAGCCUCCGGGAAUGGGCGCAGGGACUCAGGCUUCUACGUGCAGGAGAUGGCUGAUGCAAGUACGGCCAAGCUGUACUCGGGGCUGCUGGGGGUGGGGGAUGAGAUCCUGGAGGUGAACGGGGCCAAGGUUGCAGGGCUGGGAUUGGCUCACAUUGAGGAGCUCCUGACCCAUGCAGAGAGCUUGUCACUCCGUGUGCUGAGGCAGAGGCCCAUCCCACGGUGACUCAGAGGUGCUCUGGGCCUCAAUGUCACUCCCUCAGAAGCCAUGAAGCGCCCUGGGGGGAGGGGUGACUGGGAAUGGGCUGCACAAAGCUACUUGGGAGAGGGAAGGAGCCUACUUGGAUAUUUUGUUUAAGGAUGUAAUUUGUGCAAAGCAAGGAGAAGAAAAUAUGGGUGCCCGGGCCUGGGGUGGUGUCAACAGCUUCCUGCACCUUUGUUGGCAGGGGGAGGAAAGAGAUUCAUUGAAUCACUCAGUUGGUCCCCGAGCAUCGCCUCACCUUCAGGUCCCAUCGCACUCCUUGUCAAGGGCUCCUGCAGCUUCCAACACUCCCGAACCAAAGACAGUGCUGGGCCAUAUCGGCCUGGAGCCUGCCUCUUCCCAUCUCGUUUCCCCCAGCUCCCAUUCCACACCUUUGCUCUUUUUCCAGAAAUGGGAAAAGUGUCCUCGAGUAACAGCCUUGUAGCCAUUGACCCCAAAUCAAAAAUUGGAACAUGUGGUCUGGUGUGAAAACAUCUAGGAGAUGUGAUCUGGUAGCCAGAAUAUUACGAAUUUUUUGUAAUAUAUAAGAUUGAGGAGGGAAAAAAGGAACCUGAGACCAGUUUCAGGGAGGUGCAGCUGUGGCCAGUGAGACUGGCCAGAUCAGCCCCGUCCCCACUGCCCUUCCUCUGCCCCUGCCUCUGCCCAGAGCGAGGCUGGAGCUACCGGAGCCGCCUGGCCAGGAAGGCCUCUGCCUUCCUUCUGUUGAGCUUGGACACUGGGCCGCAGCUAGGGCCACGCAAUCCUCACCCACAAGUUCUCUGUCCAGACUCCCUGACAGCAGCUCUGGAUAGGCCAACCCACAGGGAGAAGGCCGGGCACAGGCCCGGAGGAUGGGCUGUCCCACCUGGUCACUCCCCUCCUCUAGGACUGAACACUGCCCAAAGGGUUAGUGGGUGGCCAUGUGUCCGUUUUAAUUUAUUAAAAGCCAAAGCUGAAGCUUC